GCCCGGGGUUUCCUAGUGAAGUGAAGUCUACACCGUCAUGGCGGAGGCCGGUUGUUGGAGAACCCUGGAUAGUGAAAUGCCAGCUUUCUAGAAUCGCGGUUGACCGACGAAGCUUUGAUUUUGCUUAGGCCUAAAACAGGAAAGGGACAAUUGGACGGAGAGAAAAAACAUCUUACUUCCACCGAACUGAAACGUUCGGGGCUGCUCUCCCUAACUGGGAGCUAGCUAGCUAGCUAGCUGGCGCAAGGUAGCGGUAGCUACCAUCAGCUACUAGCUCACUAGUUAAAUACAGAAGAAAGGACCUUUGAAGUGAACUACGGGACGUAAACGGCUUUUCCAGCUGGGUUUCUCAGGUUGACCACGUGAGCUAUACACGUUGCCUGGGGAAGCCUCUGUUCAAUAUGGCUGGACGCAAGGAGGAUGAAAGUGUCAGCAACAGCAGUGGAGAAUCAAGUAAUUCCGAUGAUGAAUCCGGUUCUGGAUCAGGCAGCGCAUCAGGCUCUGACUCGGGCUCCAGUUCUAGCUCUUCCAGCAGCAGAAGCAGCCAGUCAGGAAGCAGUGACUCAGGAAGUGGCUCAGACUCUGGUAGCCAGUCAGAUUCUGACACACAAAAAUCCAAACAGAAGAUGGAAUUGCCAAACAAGUCAAACAUUGAUGGAGCUGAGUUCUGGAAGUCCAACCCGAGUAUUCUAGCGGUUCAAAGAUCUGCUAUGCUCAGGAAACAGCAGCAACAGCAGCAACAGCAGCAGCGACAAAGCUCUUCAAAUAGUGGAUCUGACGAGGACUCCUCUAGUAGCGAUGAGUCAGAUGCAUCAAGUGGAUCAAAACGGAGAACAAAUUCAGGUUGUUCUGACUCUGGAUCCGUUUCGGGAUCGGCAAGUGGCUCUGGAUCAGACUCCUCAGCGGAGGACAACAGCGAUGAGACGGCGUCAGACUAUGAACCCAGUCACACAAUCAAGAGCCGAAAACCCCCAACUAAGAUGAGUUUUCGAAAUGGGAAGAAAAGUAGCACCCAGAAAAAAAACAAACAGAAGUGUUCGUCUUCUGAAGAUGAGGAUGAGAGCUAUAAGAAAGUUGCAUCCGCUGGGCCACGACGGCAGGCCACGGUCAACAUCAGCUACAAAGAGGAUGAGGAGCUGAAAACCGACUCAGACGAUCUGGUGGAAGUUCUGGGUGAAGAUGUUCCACAGCCUGAGGAAGAUGAGUUUGAAACACUGGAGAGAGUGAUGGACUGCAGAAUAGGAAGGAAAAGAGCAACAGGAAGUCCAACCACAGUGUAUGCUGUGGAAGCAGAUGGAGACCCCAACGCCAACUUCAAUCCCAAUAAGGAGGCUGGGGAGGUCCAGUAUUUGAUCAAAUGGAAAAACUGGGCGCAUAUCCACAACACCUGGGAGACAGAGGAGACACUGAAGCUACAGAAUGUAAAGGGCAUGAAGAAGCUUGAUAACUUCAAGAAGAAGGAGCAGGAAAGAAAGAAAUGGUUAAAGGCAGCUUCACCAGAGGACAUUGAGUAUUUGAAUUGUCAGGAAGAACUGAUGAAUGACCUGCAUUCUCAAUACCAGCUAGUUGAGAGAAUCAUCGGACAUUCAAACCAGAAGUCAGCAGCUGGUUACCCAGACUACCUAUGCAAAUGGCAGGGUUUACCCUACUCGGAGUGUAGCUGGGAAGACGGUGCUCUGAUUGCUAAAAAGUUCCAGAAAUGCAUCAAUGACUACAUGAGCAGAAACCAGUCCAAGACCAUUCCAUUCAAAGAGUGCAAGGUUCUCAAACAGAGACCCAGGUUUGUGCCCAUGAAGAAGCAGCCAUCUUACAUAGGGGGGGAUGGACUGGAGCUCCGGGACUACCAGUUGGACAGUUUAAACUGGAUGGCCCAUUCCUGGUGCAAAGGUAAUAGCUGCAUCCUCGCUGAUGAGAUGGGCUUAGGAAAGACCAUCCAGACCAUCUGUUUCCUCAACUACCUGUUUAAUGAGCAUCAGCUCUAUGGGCCCUUCUUGUUGGUUGUGCCUCUCUCCACGCUGACCUCUUGGCAAAGAGAAAUUCAGCUCUGGGCCCCUCAGAUGAACGUUGUCGUCUAUCUCGGAGACAUCAGCAGCAGGAACAUGAUCAGGACACAUGAGUGGAUGCACCUCCAUAGUAAAAGAUUAAAAUUCAACAUUCUCCUCACAACAUAUGAGAUUCUUCUCAAAGAUAAGUCAUUUUUGGGCAGUGUUAACUGGGCCUUCAUUGGUGUGGACGAGGCACACCGACUGAAGAACGACGACUCCCUCCUCUACAAAACCAUGAUUGACUUCAAGUCCAAUCACAGGCUUUUGAUUACUGGGACUCCACUGCAAAACUCCCUGAAGGAGCUCUGGUCACUGCUUCACUUCAUUAUGCCUGAGAAGUUUCACUCCUGGGAGCUGUUUGAGGAGGAGCACGGGAAGGGCAGAGACUCAGGCUACACCAGUCUACACAAAGAGUUGGAGCCGUUUCUACUGCGCAGAGUCAAGAAGGACGUUGAGAAAUCUCUUCCUGCUAAGGUGGAGCAGAUCCUCAGAGUGGAGAUGAGUGCUAUCCAGAAACAGUAUUACAAAUGGAUUCUGACCAGGAACUACAAGGCUCUGAGUAAAGGUACCAAAGGCAGCACAUCGGGUUUCCUGAACAUCAUGAUGGAGCUCAAGAAGUGCUGUAAUCACUGUUACCUCAUCAAGCCCCCAGAGGACAAUGAAUUCCUCAACAAAGCAGAGGCCCUACAGCAACUGAUACGCAGCAGUGGGAAGCUAGUUCUGCUGGACAAGCUGCUGGUGCGACUGAAAGAGAGGGGCCACAGAGUCCUCAUCUUCUCCCAGAUGGUUCGGAUGCUGGAUCUCCUGGCGGAAUACCUGAGGAGCAGACAGUUCUAUUUUCAGAGAUUAGACGGUUCCAUCAAAGGGGAGAUGAGGAAGCAGGCACUGGAUCAUUUUAAUGCUGAGGGCUCUGAGGAUUUCUGCUUCUUGUUGUCGACACGUGCGGGAGGUUUGGGAAUCAAUCUGGCAUCAGCCGACACAGUGGUCAUCUUUGACUCGGACUGGAACCCGCAGAAUGAUUUGCAAGCGCAGGCCAGAGCCCAUCGGAUUGGACAGAAGAGACAGGUCAAUAUCUACCGUCUGGUGACUAAAGGCUCAGUGGAGGAGGAUAUAAUUGAGAGGGCAAAGAAGAAGAUGGUGCUGGAUCACCUUGUCAUUCAGAGGAUGGACACCACAGGGAAAACCGUCCUCCAUACUGGUGCUGCUCCCUCCAGUUCUGCACCGUUCAAUAAGGAGGAGCUGUCUGCCAUUCUCAAGUUUGGUGCUGAGGAACUUUUCAAAGAGCCAGAGGGGGAAGAACUGGAGCCUCAGGAAAUGGACAUUGACGAGAUCCUCAAACGAGCAGAGACGCGAGAGAAUGACCCUGGACCUUCCACAGUGGGAGAAGAGUUGCUAUCUCAGUUCAAGGUAGCCAAUUUUUCCAUGAUGGAAGAUGAGGAAAUAGAUAUGGACUCUGAGCGGAGUCAGCGGAGUUGGGAUGACAUCAUUCCUGAGGAGCAGAGAAGAAGAAUGGAAGAGGAAGAGCGACAGAGGGAGCUGGAGGAAAUCUACAUGCUGCCGCGCAUGAGGAACUGUGCUAAACAGGUUAACUUUAACGCUAGUGAGGGUCGGCAGAGUAGAAACAGGAGGUACUCUGGGUCUGACAGUGACUCCACCUCAGAAAGGAAAAGGCCAAAGAAAAGAGGGCGUCCAAGGACCAUUCCACGGGAAAACAUAAAGGGUUUCAGCGAUGCUGAGAUUCGAAGGUUUGUCAAGAGUUACAAAAAAUUUGGAGGACCAUUAGAAAGGUUGGAUGCUAUUGCUCGUGAUGCAGAACUAGUAGACAAGUCUGAACAUGACCUGAAACGCCUGGCAGAAACUGUUCACAACGGCUGCUUAAGAACACUACGGGAAAACCCCUGUGGGCCGGAGAAGACCUCAGGAGGCAGGAGAGGUAAGAUGAAGGGUCCCACAUUCAGGAUCUCUGGAGUCCAGGUAAAUGCCAAGCUUGUCAUAUCUCACGAGGAGGAGCUGGCUCCACUGCAUAAGGCCAUUCCUGCUGACCCUGAAGAGAGAAAGAAGUACAUGAUUCCAUGCCACUCUAAGGCGGCACACUUUGACAUCGAGUGGGGGAAAGAGGACGACUCUAGCCUCCUCAUAGGAAUUUACGAGUACGGUUAUGGCAGCUGGGAGAUGAUCAAGAUGGACCCAGACCUCAAUCUGACUCACAAGCUCCUACCAGACGACCCUGACAAGAAGCCUCAGGCCAAACAGCUACAGACCAGAGCAGACUACCUCAUCAAGCUACUCAGCAAGCAUCUGUCCAAAAAAGAAGCACAGAAACAAGCAGGAACAGCUGUUUCACUGAAGAGGAAACCAAGAAGUAAAAAGAGCAAGACGAUAAAGCAGACUAAGGCAGAGGAAAUGAUAAAGAGCCCAUCUUCAGAACCCGCAUCAGAGAAGAGGUCUGAUGAUGACGAGGAGGAGGAGGAUGAAAUCGAAGAGGAAAAGGAGUCGGUGCAACCAAGCAGACGAGGCAGAACGGAGCGAGUGUUGACGGAGGACGAGGACGACAACGAUGAGGAGCAAGAGCCGGAGGAGGUCUCCUCAUCAGGGGAGAGGGAGGUCAAAGAAAAAGAAAUCAAAAAAGAGAAAAAGGAAGAAAGUUGGCACAUGAAGGAGACGAAGGAGCCCAAAGAGAAAAAAGAAACCAAGCCACUGGAGCCUGUGCACAAACAGGAAAACGUGGAAAAGAACGAAAUAAAGACUGAAGCCAGGGACCGAACAAAGAAAAGCUCAGACGUGCCGGUUCACAUCACAGCAAGUGGGGAGAGUGUGCCAGUGUCGGAGGAGUCUGAGGAGCUGGACCAGAAGACCUUCAGUGUGUGCAAGGAGCGCAUGCGUCCGGUGAAAGCAGCCCUGAAGCAGCUGGACAGGCCAGAAAAAGGCCUGUCGGAGCGCGAGCAGCUGGAGCAUACGAGGCAGUGCCUCAUAAAGAUUGGAGACCACAUCACUGAGUGUUUGAAGGAGUACUCAAACCCGGAUCACAUCAAGCAGUGGCGGAAAAACCUCUGGAUAUUUGUUUCCAAAUUCACCGAGUUCGAUGCCAGAAAACUCCACAAACUAUAUAAGCAUGCAAUCAAGAAAAGACAAGAGACACAGGCCAUGGAGCAGAAUGCCCGAAAUGUCAACACGCAUGGCUAUAAACACGCAGAUAUUGAAAGGCUGAAAGAGAAUUCUCACCAGGACGACAGCAGCAGAGACAGCUACAGCUCAGAAAGACAUCACCCCUCAGGUCGAUACCAUGAUGGCAGCAGCAAGGAGUCACACAAGAUGAGUUCAGGAGAGUCCAGGAAGAGACCUUACAGCUCCUUCAGCAACGGCAAAGACCACAGAGACCACUACAGACCCGACAGCAAGGACAGAGACAGGGACAGGGACAGAGACAGACAGGACAGAUACUACAGCGAGAGCAAGCACAGGAAGGUGGAGGAGUUCCGCAGCAGCAGAGACUAUCGGCUGGACUCCAAGGACUAUUCUCACUCGGACCAUCGUGCUUCCUACCGCUACCACGCAGACUGGCAGACUGAGCAGAGAGCCUCAGCCAGUGGGCCCCGAUCUCCUCGAGACCAGCGCUCCCCCUAUGAUUCCCGCUCACCCAUGGGACACCGCUCCCCGUUUGACUACUCCUCAGACCACAAGAGCACCCCAGAACAGAUCUGGAGCAGCCGCAAGACAUAACAAGAGCUACUUGGGUCUGCUAGUAGCAGCCAUAGACUCAGCAACACAGCAGAUGCCUUACAGGGACUGUUGACUCCAACCUGAAACACUUGGAAGCACUGUCUAUCAGUCAGUUCAGCAUGGCUGUUACCUCUGUGCUUCAGUUGCAGCUCAUCUCGGGCCCCUGGGUGGCGAGUGCCAGGGAGCAGCCCCAACCAGGUAGCAGAUAAAAAGAGCCUAUUUUUGUAUUCAAGAGUCUAACGGCUGCGUUCUCCUGGAGGCGGGACCGCGUGCAGCACAGUUUUUAUUUUUACAGAUGUGUUUUGUUUUUUUUUAAUUUCCACACUUGGCCCUGAGUGAUGCCUCAUGUUCCCAAACCCACGACACUGGAUCUUCUUUGACUGUUCUGUCCGUCUGUCUGUCUGUUUAAUGUGAGUAUGGAGCUUAUUUAAGUGCUAACUACGAGACAUUACAGAUCGAGUCCAGGCUGGGCUCAGGCUCAUCACCUGAAGUACCUCAUCCACAUCAUUUCUGGUUCCUUUCUUCCACCAGGUGGCAGUUAUUUAAUAACGUAUCUUAGCUGUAAACAGAAUCAUGUGUUUUCCCUUCAGUGAUGCUGUUGUACAUUUUGUAAAAUAUCUGCUCUGUUUCCUCAGGCUUUUGGGUUAAUUAUGACUUUUCCCCAUCAACUCAGGCUUUUGUCAUUCUAUGAUUUACCGUAUGUACAGUAGUUCUUGAUGAUUCUUUUCACAGUGUACUUGUUGGGAAGGGAAGGUUCUUUAACAGUGGUAAGUUGUAAGUAGUUUCGCUUCGGUUCAGUCCAUAUUUUAAGUUGUCAUCAGCUCCAGGAAAGACUCGUCUUUUAAUGGAAGAACCUGUUAGAUCUUAAACUUUUUACAUGAUUUUCUUUCCUUUUCAAUAAAUUUUCUGUGUAGGCAAUAAUAAUGUCAACGUUUCUAUGCAGCCAAGUAUGUUUGUGGUGAAUCACCCAGAUGAAUGAAGUCACUGUUACAGUUCACACUGUUGUACAUAGAUUUUCUCUAGAUUUCAUAAUGAAUUUACACUGAGAGUGCAUGACUUUUUAUGAACGGUUUUAUAUAGUUGUUUAUGAAGCCAUUAAAAAUCAAUCGCCAUA